CACGGUGGAUACUAUCUGAGAACCGGCUGUGCACAGGAUCGGCCCGGAAAGAGGGGACAGAACCGUCCGCUUCGUUAUAUCCUGGGGUACAUGAGGACCGGCAACGAGUCAACAUGCACCGAAUAACGGGGAGAGCAGGAGGGGACAGUUUGAUUGAGAUGAGCCCGACUGACUCCUUCAACGGUGGGUAUGACUUCAUGACUCCACCGGAACCCGCCGGUGUGUCUUCAGACUGCGGAGACCCUGAUGACAUUAAUGACUACAACCAACAUUCAUCAACCGGUACAGGGUACCUCCAACAGGAUCAGCCUGAGUCUACUUUAACACCUCAUGUGUGUGUUGAGACCUGUGAGUCUUUGGCCACCAGCCUGGCCUCCCUGGCCCCCUCUGACCACAGCGACAGUCCACAGUUUGAGCCUCAGACCUUAGAGCGAAUCAGUACUUUGACUGGGUUCUCGAGAAAGCGGGCUCUGUUCCUGAAGUUUCGUUCCAGGAUCGACAAACAACAACAGAGUAAAGACUCUGUGUUCUUCCGUGAUGGAGUGCGUAGGAUUGACUUUGUGCUCUCCUAUGUGGAUGAAAAAGAAGGAGACAGAAAACAGGAGGAAAAGAGGAAGAUUUAUGAGGCCAAUCUAGUGAAAGUCGGCCUGGAGCUUGAGACAGAAGAUAAAUCUGAGUCAGACGAUGGAAAGACCUACUUUGUGAAGAUUCAUGCACCAUGGGAAGUUCUGGCCACGUAUGCCGACGUGCUAAAGAUCAAGGUCCCUUUCAAGGCCAACGACAUCCCAGACAACAAAGAGAUCCCCAUGAACUGGCUGUCGACCCCCUUUCGCCUCCCAGAGCACAUCAUGCACCCUGAGCCAGACUAUUUCACAGCUCCCUUCAACAAGAGCAAGUCUGAUUUCUACCUUAUCGACGACAAAGACACAUUCUUUCCUCCCUCUACUCGCAACAGGAUAGUUUAUUACAUCCUGUCCCGAUGUUCAUAUGUGAGGGAUGAAUGUGUAGAUAGAGACAAGAAGGGAAUAAAAAGGUUACUCAACAACGGCGCCUACACUGCUGCCUUCCCACUGCACGAUUGCCGAUACUGGAAAAGAUCAAGCUAUGCUAACUGCGAAAGUGAGAGAUAUGAUCUCCACAAAUACUGGGCCAGCUUCUGCUGUUUCUUUAAGGAGCAGCCCCUCAACCUUAUAAGGAAGUAUUAUGGAGAGAAAAUAGGCAUUUACUUUGCAUGGCUUGGGUUCUACACUGAGAUGCUGUUGUUUGCUGCAGUAGUUGGUACACUUUGUUUCGUCUAUGGAUUACUCACCUAUGAUGAGAAUGAGUGGAGCAAAGAAAUAUGCCGUGAAGACAUAGGAGGGAAAAUUGUCAUGUGUCCGCUGUGUGACAAGAAAUGUGGCUACUGGAAACUCAACUCAACAUGUAACUCCUCAUGGCAAUCACACCUAUUUGACAAUGUUGGAACAGUGUUUUUUGCCAUCUUCAUGGGAAUUUGGGUGACGCUGUUCCUUGAAUUUUGGAAGAGGCGGCAGGCCCGUCUCGAGUACGAAUGGGACCUAGUCGACUUUGAAGAGGAACAACAGCAGCUGCAGCUUCGACCAGAGUAUGAGACCAAGUGCACCAACCGCAAACUGAACCGCAUCACUCAGGAAAUGGAGUUGGUUCUUAAGAGGACUCCCACAGAUCUAAUGGGGAAACUAUUUAUUUGCUGGGCCACAGUGAUGCUCUGGAUCUCAUUGAUCAUUGCCUGCAUCAUUGGGGUGAUAGCGUACCGCCUGGCUGUGUACGCAGCCUUUGCCAGCAUCAUGAAAGACAGUCCCACCAGUCAACUGCAUGUGGUCGGCCCCUACAUAACACCGCAGCUGGCCACCUCUGUCACAGCCUCCUGCAUCAACUUCAUCAUCAUCAUGAUCCUCAACCUCAUGUAUGAGAGGGUGGCUAUUUGGAUCACUGACAUGGAAAUCCCAAAGACCCACUUGGAGUAUGAGAACAAACUAACGGUGAAGAUGUUCCUCUUCCAGUUUGUCAACUACUACUCCUCCUGCUUCUAUGUGGCUUUCUUUAAGGGCAAAUUUGUCGGCUACCCUGGAAAUUAUGCCUAUAUGUUUGGGAGCAAACUGAGAAAUGAAGAGUGCGAUCCUGGUGGCUGUUUGAUCGAACUCACCACACAGCUAGUGAUAGUGAUGACUGGUAAACAGGUGUGGGGCAACAUCCAGGAGGCUCUGGUCCCGUGGCUGAUGAACUGGUGGGGCAGCAGGAAGGCACGAUGCCACCCAGAGAGUCUGUACAGCCGCUGGGAGCAGGACCAUGACCUGCAGCCUUUUGGACAGCUGGGUCUCUUCCAAGAGUACCUGGAAAUGGUCAUCCAGUUUGGGUUCAUCACACUGUUCGUCGCCUCCUUCCCCCUGGCUCCUCUGCUGGCGCUUUUCAACAACAUCAUUGAAGUGAGAGUGGACGCCUGGAAACUCACCACUCAGUUUAGACGUCCGGUGGCAGCCAAAGCCCACAGCAUUGGAGCCUGGGAGGAAAUCCUCAAUGGAAUGGCUGUCCUCUCUGUCGUCACUAAUGCGUUCAUCGUGGCCUUCACAUCUGAUAUGAUCCCUCGGCUUGUGUACAUGUACGCAUACCAGCCAGAUGGUCAGAUGAAUAUGAAGGGCUACAUAGACAACAGUCUGUCUAUGUUUAAUAUCUCUGCGAUCCCACUGGACAACAGGCCCGACGAUGAAGAAAACCCCCCUUGGUUCAACAGCUCCAUCACUAUCUGCAGAUACCGUGAUUAUCGCUAUCCUCCUGGCCACGAGAAGGAGUACCACCACACUAUGCAGUUCUGGCACAUUCUGGCUGCUAAAUUGGCGUUCAUCAUUAUUAUGGAGCAUGUUGUGUUUGUGGUCAAGUUCUUCGUGGCCUGGAUGAUUCCUGAUGUUCCAUCUGAUGUGAAGGCUCGAGUAAAGAGAGAGCGCUAUCUGGUCCAGGAGUAUCUCCAUAACUAUGAAGUGGAGAAGCUGAAGAUCCAACUCAGCAAAAACUGCGAUGACUGUACCUGCACACCGAUGAUCUACCCAUCUUUACCCAAACACGAGGUGCUGUCAGAAUGUCUCUAGCCCUGCGAGCUGCUGGAGAAUCCAAUGGACAUGACGAGAGAACAUGGUGAUGUAUUUUGACCUGCUUGUGUAUUUAUGAUACUCACCAUUACUUUGCUGUAGUGUCUGUGUUUUAGAACACACAGACACACAGCUUUUAUUGGAAAGCAGCAGGUUUCCUCAAAUGUUGUCUUCCUGCUUGUAUGUGAUGACUGUAGAAGUGCACACAGGUCCAAGUCUCCAUGCAUGCUGAAUCCAAGCCACCAGUCACUUGAAUUAAACCUCUAUAUGAUAGUUAAGACUUUUCAUCCUCUAUGUUGUAAUUGUAAUGCUGACGAUAAUCCUACUUUACUGUAAAAGGAGAAAUCUUAUACACUGUGUCUAAACCAGACAACUUACACUUGUUUUAAUGACUAUUUAUUUUAAGUACCACUAUAAGUAACCAAAGACUUGAUGCCUUAACAUAUCACACACUUAUUAAUGGUUCUAUACAACAUUGAAGCAAUUAGAUCAUUUGGAAAGUGAGGGUUGUAUUAUAUUGGUAUCUGCUCAUACGUGCAGCUUUGCAAAGGGUUCCAAUAUCUGAUGAUUUAAGUUAUGAUUACCUCUACUUUUGUUGCUGUAGCAACUACAAGUUUUGAAGAUGUAACUAAAUUAUAUCUAUUGCUUCUCUGCCUGUUAAGAGGCCUUUUCACAUUUAGCUCUGGUCUCAUAACGGCUCAUCAGUGUCCUCGGGCCAGAGCUGUACACAUGAAGUACCUUUUUAUGAAGAUAAAUCUGUGCUGCUGUUACCACUGUGAGUAAGGCGACAUUUUGUCCUGCGAUGGCCAGUUGUUCAGCAGCAGCAGCAGCAGCUGGUGCAUGUUGACUGUUGACUGUGAGUCCUGUUCCUGGAGAUGAGAAGUGAAAGCCCUGAGAGAGUGAAGAGAUCCCUUUUUAAUGUGCCUCUAUUUACCAACACAUCGGCGCUAAUGAAAGGCUGCCCCCACCUACUGAAGUAUGUUUGCUCCGUUACACAAUGCACAUCAGCCAUCGCCCAGUUUUUGUGCAUCUGGUUUCUCCUGCUGUAUCAUUGUCAGACAGAAAGACACACAUUUUUUUUUGUUAUUUUUGCACAAAGCACUUAGUGAAAAGUGACUACACAGACAUGCAUGUCAGUCUAAUUGCCAUAACACUACAUAUCCAUGUUCAGUAUUUUAAAGGGGCAGUGUCGUGUGAAAACAUCUGUUCAGUUCAGUGGAAUAAGAUAAGUUAGAAGGGGCUUCCAGUUCUGAUUUUGAUGUUUUAUACUGAGGUUAAAUGACAACAAGAAAAAAAUGUAGCUUUUGUUAUCUUAAAUAUAUGAAGGACGUGUUGAAUCUGUGAUGCUGCCUACACAGAAAUAUGUAUCUGAAACUGAAGUAUUUGGAUUUUAUGUAAAAUAACUGCUGGGCUGAUCCAGACUCAGGCUAGUAAAUCUGAUGUUGUGCAGCCCAGAGUAUUUUCAGUCCACCUGUCUUUAAUCUUGCCUUGCGCUCAGCUAGUCUAAUGCCUUUUGAUGCCUUAAAACAUCUAAUAUUUGUAUUUCUUUAUACAUCUCCUUUAAAUAGCUUUUUUUCUUAUAUUUGUUCUUUUUGGUUAUACAUGCGUAAUUAUGUAUUCAUUUUAUACUGUUACCACAGAUGGGAAAAAGUGAACCUGUUUACUGUAUGCUACUUUUGUUUUUUCUUUUUUGUAAUUCUCCUAUAUUCAAGAUAAGUAAUGUAAACUAAGACAAAUCUUCAAAAUAAAGUCCCAGUUCAACUUGUA